AUGGCGAGCGAAGCUGUCGAGGAGAACACAUGGGCUCAGAGUGAUGGCGACAAUGAUGUCGAGGGAGGCAAUGAGAAUAUACAACUUAGUGACAACACACAAGACCAAGACUUGAAUCGUUCCGCUUCCGCUUCUGCUUCCGCAGCCCCUCAAACAUCUGGUGAUUCCGCACCCAACCCUGAUGGCGCUUCCGAAGAUGUGGGUGAAUACGACCCAGAGUCGGUCUCUGUGACUCCACUGCCGCUCGUCGGCCAGCAGGUGUCCCAGGUGCCUGCCCCUCAGCCUGCUCCUCAGCCGGCCAACAAGAAGCGCAAGACGGCCGGAGGUUUCCUAGUGGGAGACUCCGAAUCUGAGGACGAUGACUCCUCAACGCCUGCUCCUGCGUCCAAUGGUGCCGUUGCUGAGCCAACCCAAGCUUCUCAAUCUGUUUCUCACUCUUCCCCUCAUGCUUCCACUCCUGUCCAGGAAGCCCAGGGAGCUGUGUCUAAUGUACCCCCAACUUCUCAGGCGAAUAAUGCCCCAGCUGUGUCGGUCGAGGAACCAAACAGUGGCGCUGUUGCCCCGUCCGAGCCCGUCAACAACGGUGUCAAGCCUCCCCAGGAUGUUGUCACCGCACUUGAGGCUCGCAUCAAGGAGGACCCUCGCGGGGUUAUGGAUGCCUGGCUGGACCUCAUGGCCGAACUGAGGGCGCGAAACAAUAUCGAGAGCAUUCGGUCUGUGUACGAGCGAUUCCUGGCUGUCUUCCCACAGUCGGCGGAUAUAUGGACGGCGUACAUGGAGUUGGAGCUGAGCAUGAACAAUUUUGGUGGGGCAGAGGAGCUGUUCAAGAGGACUUUGCCAACUAUCCGGAAUGUGAGGCUGUGGACCGUGUAUCUUGACUACAUCCGACGGCGCAACGAUCUGAGCGACACGACGGGUCGGGCUCGGGAGACUAUCGCGCAGUGCUUCGAGUUUGUCCUCAGCAGUGUCGGCGUGGACAAGGAUUCCGGGCCAAUUUGGGCGGAGUACAUCCAGUUCAUCAAGUCUGGGCCAGGCCAGGUUGGGGAGACCGACUGGGCGAGUCGGCAGAAGAUGGACCAACUUCGAAAGACGUAUCAGCGAGCCAUUGCCAUUCCCACUCGGAACCUCAACACCCUUUGGCGCGAGUACGAUCAAUUCGAAAUGGGAAUCGACAAGAAGGUAGGACGGGCGCUUCUCGCCCAACAUUCCCCGAAUUACAUGUCUGCCAAGAGCACCAACAUGGCCUUGGACAACAUCACUCGAGGGCUACAACGUACCAACCUUCCGCGGCUUCCGCCUGCGCCUGGCUUUGAAGGCGAUGAUGAUUACACCGAGCAGAUCGAGCUGUGGAAGAAGUGGAUCAGCUAUGAGCAAUCGGAUCCCCUUGACUUGAAGACAGAAGACCCAAUCGCUUGGAAGAAGAGGGUGCACUACGUGUACCAGCAGGCUUUGAUGGCCCUUCGGUUCUGGCCAGACAUGUGGGUUGAUGCUGCCGAGUGGUGCUUCGACAACGAAAUGGUUGGCCCGGAUGGAAGAGAUACGGGCCUUGAGUUCCUGCUGCAGGGGAUUGAGGCUAAUCCAGAGAGUGUCUUGUUAGCUCUCAAGCACGCGGACCGCAUCGAGGCCACUCAUCCUGUUAUCGAGGGGGAUGAAGCCAAGGCCAACCGCGGCAAUGCCAUCAAGGCCCCUUACAAUAAAGUUUUGGAUACGCUGUAUGACCUGGUAAAGAAAGCCAAGGACCAGGAGAAGGCGGUCAUCGAAAAGAUCAACGAGAACAAUGCGUCUGAUUCUGGACCCCAAGGGUCUGCAGAUGACGAAGAGGACGCAGGCGCGUCGGAAGAGAAAGACGCCAGAAAUGCCGCGAAACAGGCCCAAAUCAAGGCCAUUGAGCAGGGAUUCUCGGCUCGGACGAAUGUGUUGUCUCGGACCAUUUCUUUUGUUUGGAUUGCUCUCGCAAGAGCGAUGCGCCGUGUCCAAGGCAAAGGCGUCGUGGGUAGCGCAAUCGGCGGUAUGCGCCAGGUUUUCACAGAUGCCCGUCAGAGGGGCCGCCUCACGAGCGACGUCUACGUGGCCAUCGCUCUCAUGGAGUGGAAGGUGUACAAGGACAAUGCUGGCGUCAAGAUCUUUGAGCGAGGUGCUAGGCUCUUCCCUGAGGACGAGUUCUUCAUGGUCGAAUACCUCCAGUUCCUUCAUUCGAGGGAUGACUUCACAAAUGCCAGAGUCGUCUUCGAAAAUUGUGUGAAGAGGAUGGUAGAGAAACCCGGCUCCGUCGAAAAGGCGAAGGCCUUGUUUGCCUACUUUCACAAGUACGAGUCACAAUUUGGUGACAGGUCUCAGUUCGUCAAGCUGGAGCAGCGCAUGGCCGAACUUUUCCCUGAAGAUCCUAAACUGGCUCACUUCAAGGCACGCUUUGCAACAGCAAACUUCGAUCCAAUCGCAGCUCGCAUCAUUGUGUCACCAUCUGCUCAGCUGCGCCCCAAGAACAUCAUGCCCUCGAUUGAGCAACGAGGGUCCGUGUUGAACAGCCCCCGCCCCUCUGUUCGACAGCCGAAUAGCCCUCGCCCACAAUUCGUCAACUCGCCAAAGCGACCUCUGCCAGUCGAGGAUUUCGACGACUCGUUGAACCCUCCCCGCAAAAUGCAGCGGGGCGAGUCGCCGCUCAAGGGCGCAGCUGGCAGGCGUCUCAAUCAGCAGAAUCGCAUGCAAGCCGCGCCCAUCUCUCGCGACAUCACCUUCCUCCUGAGCCAAAUCCCGCCAUCCUCGGCCUAUGAUUUCCCUCGGUUUGACUCGGGCAACAUGGUACGGUUCCUUCGGGAGAUCCCCGUUCCGGAUUUUGCCUCUUGGAAGAGCAACCAGGACCGGGGUAUCCGCGACAACGGAGCGCGGAUGCCACCGUCGCAUGCUCGCCAGGUUUCCGCCGACGUCAGCCAGUACCCAUUCCAGGGCCGCAACUCUCCCCGGCCGCAGAGUCCCUUUGGCGCGAGCCGUGGACAGAUCGCGUCUGCUGCUGCUACUUACAGACAGUCGUCUCUCCGUCCGGGAUCUAGUGGCUCGGGCUACGAGCCACCGCCUCCGGCUGCAGUGUACGGGCAAACCGCGCCGGCUGGACCGCCGCCGAUGGGAUACGGUCCUCCACCAUCAAUGGUCCCCACUCCUGACGGAAGCUGGCCACCGCCAAUUUAUGGCGCUCCUCCAGGCCAGGCUCAAUACACUGUUCCAACCCCUCCAUUUGGCCAAGGUCCUCCGCAGCACGACCAAUACAAUGGUCGCUAUUACUAG